CAAUGCCAACCACUGACGUCGCCGUCGUGACGCUACUAGUAGCACACUUGCACCAUGUCUCGCAAACUCACAUUUACCACGGCAGCCCUGGACGGCAGGGUCCAUCGAGAAGAAGAGUUGACGCUGGCCCGCACGCUCACACAACGAUCUCAACAGCACAGCGCGACCACUGCCAGUCUUCCCGUCCCUGAGACGCCCGACGACGCUGCUGUUGCCGCUGCCAUGGAUGGCCCUCAUGCAGUCACCUUGAAUUCUAGCUCCAACCGCCGCCGCGUUGCUCUUCCGGAUCCGCUGGCCUUCAAGUAUGUCUACUGACCUCAUCGCACUACAUCCCGGACCAUUCGUACCUGACCCCUUUUCUGGCAGGUUUCUAGAAUGCGACCCCUCGGUGACAGUUGCCGAGCGCAGACAUGUCCUCCCCGGCUACGAGCUUUACCUGGUCGAGCAGUGGGCGUGCUCGCGCCAGUCGCCCACCCUCGUCAUUGUGACCUACACUGGCGACCCGAAGCAUUCAGUCACCGUCGGCGUCCUGGAGGUACCUGCAGAAGAAAAGGAUUGGUCCGCCAGAUUAAGAUUCUAUUUCAACGCAGUCCAUCAAUAUCACGCACGUCCAAAGGAGACGGGCAUCGGGGAGCUCAUGGUCACCAAUCUCAGCAGCUUCCCGUCCGCGCUUACCGUCAUUCCGGUCCCGGAGGGCGACAUCCGCAAGUACCGCCAAGUGUUCAUAGUCAACGAGAACCUCAAGCGCUUGGGGUGCUCUGGCCGAUCCGGUCUAACCCUUUCAGACCCCACGCCAGCGACUCAGGCCAAGUUUAUCCAGCUGUACAAGAUUAGCGAGAGAAUACCCUUUGUUCAAGCCGUCCUGGAGCUGGUCAAACUUUGCCAGCUAGCCCUCUUCAUCUUUGGCUUGCUUGACGAGACGUACGUUGACGGUCUGCUCUGCGACAUCACCGAAAAGGCCAUCAAUGACUGGUGGACAGAGAUUGGCUCCGAGUAUUUCAAUAUUGAGCCAACAGAUGGCAUACUAGGGCCCACUACUGUUGCUGCCCUCCUUGGUACACUGCUGGGAGCAAGGAAUCGACUCAGCUACUCCGGAGCGCCCGUAUCCAAGGAUGUAUUUGACAUCGAAAGCACCAAAAAGGGAAUUGGAACCUUCCAAAAGUCGUUGAAACUGGAGAAGACACGGCGCCUUAACCGCCAGACUCUUCUCAAGCUACACAGUGUGACCGCAAAAGCAGCGGCGGGUGAAGGGGGCUGGGGUGUGCAGAAAGCGGUCAAGUCGACGGUUGCCGAAAUUGGCGGCAAGCGAGGUGAGUUCGUCAUUGGCAUGGUGGGCGGCCGGGACAAGGGCAACAUUGGUGACAUCGAGACGUUGGACCUGGCCAAGUUCAUCAGUCUGGCAUACGGCGAGCGGCCAAAAUGGCUCUGGCACGGCAAACCAAGGAGGGUGCCCAAGGAACACGAGCACGAUCAUCUUGUGACGACGUUUGGAAAGGAGCUAAAAGACGAGGCCAGCCCUCAGCCCGGCGGAAGGAGAACCCAGUCGGCUCCAGUAGAAGAUGGGCCGGAGGCUAAGAAGAAGGAAGAUGCCCCCGCAUAUCACGCACCGCUUCAGCAGACUAGCUCGCUCCCCUUCGUAACUGAGACGCCUGCCGACAGAGAUGCCCUACGGAGAACCGUUUUCAAAAGCGUGGCCGGCAAGGUGAGCGAUGCGCGCUCAGGGUUGGGGCGCAUCAGGGAUGCUGUCGGGGGCGGUUUGAGGGGGCACGUCAGCCGCCCAUCCAAGGAUGAGACUCUGGACACAGGCGUGAGCGGACACUCGUCGCCCAGUAUAGCAACAUUGGCUCAGUCGUCUGCCACCCUCUCAAGUCCGGUGGGUGUCACCAGGGCGUUCACUUGGAGAGUCAAGCCUGAAGAGUACCUGGCCGCCAUGAGGAGUAGAGAAGGGGGAGAAAAUAUGCCUGCGAUGACGAGCUCCAGUUCGCACGAGAUGGAGACUCAAAGUAGCAAGGACAGCGCAAGGCCAUCGCAAGAAGUCCCAGACAGGGCGGAAGAGAAGCAGGCAUCGUUGCAGGCUGAGCGUGCGGACAUGGCCAAGGAAGUCCGCAGCACCAAGGUCACCGGCCCCGGCUUUUCAGUAACCGACGGGGAUCUCCAGGGCCCCGUCCUAGCAGCAGAACGCAGUUCCGAAGGCGUAAUAAUGUCUCUUGUACGCCGGCACAGCAUCGACAGCCUUGCCUCUCUCGGCCGUUGCCCCAACGAAGCCCGGUACCCGCGGCGUCUCUCCUUUAGCGAGGCCGAAGAAGCUAUCUCUUGGAGCGAGCUUGCCAGUAUCACACAUACUUCCGACUGGAUAUCUGCUUCGGUCUUGCCAACACAGACCGAACUAGCCUACACCCUGUACAGCCGCCUCGAGUUGAUCCAGACGGACCUGGCACCUUGGGUGUCGGCCAAGCUGGCAGACGCUGAGGCAGUCGACCGGACAUUUGGGGCGCAGGGGGCUGAGGUACAAGCGAUGUACAAGGCAGUGAGCGAGACGUACCAGCGCAUCCGGCACAGCAGCAGCGGGCUCGUGGCCGAGGAGCGGGCGCGCCUGGCCGAGGCGGUCAAGGACCUCGAGGUGCUGGUUGCGAAGCUCGAGUACGAGAUCGGCGCUCUCGUGUCGCGGGUGAAUGAGGUUGAGGACGGGGUUGCAAGCUUUGAGGCGCAGGUGGAGGACUUGGAGCGAAGGGCGGACGAGCUGAAGGCGGUGCUCGAGACAGAGAGCUGGCUCCAUUGGUUUGUGAGGACCGUGACGGGCAUUGGAACAGGACCUAAUAUCACGAGGGGGCCGAGUCAGAGAGACGUGAAGGCCGCUCAAAGGAAUUGAUGAUGACCAGAUUACACAAGCAUCUUUUCGUUAGAUCAGCAUGGGUGGGGAUGUUCGGAGUCCCGGAUGGCGUUGAGUUAUACAUUUUAGCCUGGGCAGAGGGAGCUGAGUGGGUUUGAAAUACAAUCAUGGGUCGCAUCACAUUGCAUUACAAACGAAAGGCACAAGCAUGGAGAUUGGCAGUGGUGAUAUCCCUUUUCCCAAUUGUCUGCUUCUGGUCACGCCGGACCGCUCUAGUUUGCUCACCCGUGUCCACUCUGUGUUUCUAUCAUACAUAUCAUAAACCAAUUCAAACACUGCCAAGGCGCGCUCUAGAUCAGCACCAGAACCAGUCCCAGAAGAAUUUACCAACCCCAGUGAGAGUGAA